CACACUCACACUGCUGUGUGUGCUUACUUCACAGGGUUGGUCACCCUUUGUCCACAUAAUAGCUGUAGUGAGUGACACACCUCAGGCAGUUGGAGCAAGCGUCAGGAGCCGACCACACGAUUAAAAAAAAAAAGCGUGAAAAUGAACUGGGCUUUUCUUCAGGGACUCGUCAGUGGCGUUAAUAAGUACUCGACUGCUUUCGGUCGCAUAUGGCUUUCUGUGGUGUUCAUCUUCCGUCUGCUGGUGCUGCUGGUGGCUGCUGAGAAGGUGUUUGGUGACGAGCAAAAGGAGUUUGACUGCAACACCAGAGAGCCAGGCUGCCACAAUGUCUGCUAUGACCAUUUCUUUCCCAUAUCUCCAUCUCGUCUCUGGGCACUCCAGCUAAUUUUUGUCACGUGUCCGUCACUCCUGGUUGUCCUACAUGUAGCGUACAGGGACGACCGCGAGAGGAAGCACCAGCUGAAGCAUGGUGAGGGCUGUACCCAUCUCUACACAGACACCAGCAAGAAGCGAGGCGGGCUGUGGUGGACGUACCUCUUCAGCCUCAUAUUUAGGAUGGCAGUGGACGCCGUGUUCAUCUUUCUUGUGUACUACAUCUACGAGGCCACCUUCUUUCCUUUGCUGGUGAGGUGUCAAGAGGCUCCCUGUCCUCAAGUGACUGACUGCUAUAUCAGUCGUUCUACAGAAAAGCGAAUCUUCACCAUCUUCCUUGUGGUGGUCAGCUUGGUGUGUAUCCUGCUGACCCUUUGCGAGAUACUCUAUCUCCUUUGUAAGCGAUGCCACGAAUGUGCCGUCUCGCACAAACUCAACAAACGUGAGAGACGCAUCGCCACCGCCUCUUCACAGGCCAACAAGCAUAAUCAGGAUAACAUGGCUGAUGUUGCAUUGUUCGACAAAGCUAAUCAAGUGCAUUAG